CCAAUCUAUUGUUUUAACCGUUGAAUACUUACACCGUUGCCAUGUUGUUGUAGCGUCAUUGCUUUGAAACCAAUAUGUCUUCUUACAAGCCUGGAAAUUGUAAGCGAGAAGAGUUCAGGAAGUAUUUGGAAAAAUCUGGAGUGAUCGAUGCACUCACAAAGGUACUUGUAGGUUUGUAUGAAGAGCCAGAAAAACCGGAUAAUGCUCUAGAAUUUAUGAAAAAGCACCUACAAGCAGAAAGUCCAGAUCCUUCAGAUGUCGAAGCAAUGAAAGUAGAAAUUUCAGAAUUAAAACAAAAGGUGGAGAUGUUAGAAAGUGAAAAUGCUGAAUUAAAACAAAGCAUAAAUCAACAAUUAACACCAGGAAUUGGAAUAAGUGAUGGCAAUAUUUAAUGAAUUGAUGUUUAACAAAAAAAAACUCCAAACUGGUAAUAUUCUAACAUAAAAUGAAUUUUAAGUUUUUUAACUGCAAAUGAAUGUUAAAUUGAUAAUGUUUUAAGCGUAAAUAUUGUUGAGUGUCGGAUGAAUGUAGGCAACAGUCAAGAAACCGAAAACAAGUGUUUCUCUCCUGCUGAUACUAAAAAUAUAUCUAUAAGAUAAAUAAAACAUAUUUGUCACCGG